UUUCCGCAUGGCCGUUUCUCAGAGUUUGAGGGACAUCCUACCGACUAUAUAUGGAUAUCCUUCCUUGUUCCCUGUAUGUCAAAUCCCAAGUUUCGUUUCUUUGUAAGGGCAGAGAACAAACCGCUGUUUCAAGAGGUAGCCAAUGAGCAUCCACCUGCUCAGGUUUCCAACCAAUGAAAGAGAGAGGGUAACCAGAGGGUACAAAAGUGAUGGCGGCUUCCUGUAAGGAGCCAACGUGCAGAGCAGUGCAGAACUUGGCAGGAAAUUUAGCAACUAUGAAGCUACUGAUUGAAAAUAUGAAAGUGCUUUAUAUUGCCGGUGAUUGUGUGGAGCCAUAUGUGAAGAUUAUUACAGUGAAGCAAACAAAGCGCCGCCUCAGCCUGUGCAGCUUGGAGGACUCUGAGGCAGAUGAGCAGGAGUUUCAGGAGGGCAACACUCUUCCUGUCCUGAGUGACCACAGCCAGCUGAUAGACCACCAUCACCUGAAAACCCUUGUUGCUCAUCUACCGCAAAGAACUCAAGGCUACAAGUGGUAUCUGGUCUACAGCACAGCCAUCCACGGGAGCAGCCUGAAGACUCUCUACAGAAACAUGGCUGGUCUGGACAGCCCGGUGCUGCUGGUCAUCAAAGACAUGCACAAAAAGGUGUUCGGGGCGUUUUCUUCAGAUCCAUUUAGAAUCAGUAAAUACUGCUACGGCACCGGGGAAACCUUUCUGUUCACCUUCAGCCCUGAUUUCCAGCAAUAUAAGUGGAGCGGUGAAAACUCUUACUUUGUGAGUGGAGACUUGGAAUCGCUACAGAUCGGUGGAGGAGGUGGUGGCUUUGCCUUGUGGCUGGAUGCUGAUUUGUACCACGGUGCCAGCUUUUCCUGCCCUACCUUUCACAACCCAACUCUUUCCACACACCAAGACUUCAUAGUGCAAGAUGUUGAGGUGUGGACCUUAAAAAACUGACUGGAUAAUCAAAGCAGUCCCACUGGAAGUUGCAAGCCUUCGAGGGAGAUGUGAUGGUCAGCUGUGGUUUUAUCCUGAUGUAGGGUUUUCCAUCAUGGCUGACUCUGGGUCCAUCUUCGUGCUGCACAGAGUCUAUUCGACUGGUGGUCAGAAUGUGCUUUUCCGUGUGGUUAAAGUGUGGUCAACUCAUGUAUCUGCUGCUACAAACUACUAUUUUUAUCAGCAGAAAAUAUGCGUUCACAGAAGCAGAACUGUGCACUCCUUUGGAUAAAAAGGGCACUAAGAAGAUUGAAAACUGUUUUAAUGAAAGGUUUACGGACACUGAGGGGAAAUGAUGGAUUUAAACACUCGUAUCUGAUCUAUUUUCUGUGGAACAUUGAGGGAUACUAGUUUGGAAACCAUGAAAUUGUGUGGAUUUGUGGAAUCUCUGGAGUCCCAUCAAAGUUUUAACUUAAAUUUAGUAAUAUCUCCAUUUAAAAACGGUUUCUGAAAGUUAACACCAAGCCUUACAGGUGUUAAAAUGACACUGCUGCACCACAAGCAUGUGUUCGUUUUAGCCUGUGGUUUAGGAGAACAUCCAAUUUAAACUGUAACUUUUGUUCCUGCCACUGUGACACCUUUGUACUUUUUAAGAAUUCUCCAGUGGGGAAAAAAAAAAAUCUGAUAUUUUUGGUAUCUUAUUAUUUAAAUGAGUAUCUGUAAUGAGACUGGAGAACAGAUGAAAUAUCCAUGUGAUGUGUUUAUGUGAACAUUUGCUUGAAGUCUGAGACUCUUUGGCAGUGCCGGCACUGCCAGUACACUUUUGUGGAACCACAUAAAAAAGUUUUCUUAAAAA